CGUCGCUAAGGCCGCUUCUCCCGUCCGGGGAGAACCGGCGCCCCGAGCCUGGCCGCCCCGGGAAGCCGCCGAGCGCGUUUUGCGGCGCGCGGGGAACGUCCGUCCCGGGCCUGAACGCUUCUCUCCCUCCGUCCCUGUGCUCUUUCGGUCAGCGCCGGCGAGCUUCCUGCACGCGGCCGUCUCCCGCUGGAUCUCGUCGAGCCCAGCCGGCCGAGGGAGCGCGAGCGCCUGGGAGAUGAAGUCGAAAGGGGCUCUGGGGACCCGGACUCUCCGUCCUCGUCCUCCUCGCCCCCGUCCUCCUCCUCGCCCGUUCUCGAGCGUCGUGCGCCCCCGGAAGAGUCUUCCCUGCCCGAGGCCGCCGCCUUGCCUCCAGCCAGCUCCUCAACACGGAAGGCGGCAGAAUGGGUGCCCAGAUUUGGAAGAUGCGCCCCUGGCAGCCUCUCUGGGUGUGAAGAGCCAGGGCCAGGAAGAUGGGGUCACAAGGCCCUCCCAAAACAUUGCAGUCCAGACUGAUUUCAGGAGAGCUGACUUGGAAGCGAACACUGAUCUGGACGUGGAGAAGAACCUGGACAAGAUGAUGUCCGAGAGAGCUUCGUUGAAGGAGCGUUACCAAGAAGUCCUGGACAAGCAGAGACAGGUGGAGAACCAGCUGCAGGUGCAACUCCAGCAUCUGCAGCAGCGCAGGGAAGAGGAGAUGAAGAACCACCAGGAGAUCUUGAAGGCCAUUCAGGAUGUGACCGUUAAGCGGAAAGAAACCAGGAAGAAGAUGGAAAAGGAAAAGAAAGAGUUUUUGCAAAAGGAGCAAGACCUGAAGGCAGAAAUUGAGAAACUCUGUGAGAAAGGCCGGAGGCUGUUGAAGGAACAAGAAGAGAAGGAGAGCAAGAUUGUUUCGCUGAUUGCUGAACAGGCGGAGGAGAAGGAAGCAUGGGAGCUGGAGUUGGGCAAGCUGAAGAACCAGCACAGUGAGAUCAACCGGUCAAUCUUAGAGGAGACAGAGCGGGCCUGGAAAGCAGAGAUCCUGUCUCUGGAAAGCCGAAAGGAGCUCCUGGUGCUGAAGCUGGAAGAGGCCGAAAAAGAAGCAGAGCUGCACCUCACCUACCUCAAGUCAGCACCGCCUACGCUGGAGACCAUCCGGCCAAAGCAGGAGUGGGAGACAAGGCUGAACAAAAUACGGAUGACCAAGGAGAGCGUCCGCGACAAGUUCAACGACCACAUCCAGCUGGUACGGAACGGCGCCAAGUUGAGCAGCCUCCCACAGAUUCCCACGCCCCCUCUGCCCCCGCCCCCAUUGGAGACAGACUUCCUGCUGCCUCCUUUCCAGGCCAACUCCUCUCUCACCCCACAGCUGCCCUUCCCCAUCGGGUCAGUUCCCAUGCCCCCCUUGGUCAUGCCCAGCGCAGACCCACGGGUGCUUUCAUUCCCCCUCCUGAACCCCAGCCUCAUCACCCGGCCCAGCCAGCCUUCGCCCUCCUUGCCCGCAGCACAGGAGCGGAGCAGCCCUGGGCUGUCCUCCCUGGUCAGUUCCCACGGGGUGCCCGGGGCCUCACUGCCUCCCCCUCCAGGCCUGGGUGGAGUCAAGGCCCCAUCAGAAUUCCAUAGACCACCCCCUGUGGACAAGCUGGAGAAGAUCCUGGAAAAGUUGAUGACGCGCUUUCCUCGGUGUAAUAAGGCCCAGUUGACCAAUGUCCUCCAGCAGAUCAAAGCAGCUCGAAGGACCUUGGCAGGACUCACUAUGGAAGAGCUGAGCCAGCUUGUGGCAGCCAAGCUGGCAGAGCAGCAGGAACGGGUGGCAGCUGUUGGCACCCAGCCCCAUAGCCGGAUGUGCUCCCCCUUGUUCCCGGGUCCAUUGACUCAGAUCAGCAACCCUAUGUUCUUGCCACCUGCACAGGUCUCCUAUCCUGGGACGCCACCUCAGGCACCUGUGACCUGCAAACUGUGUCUGAUGUGCCAGAAGCUGGUCCCGCCCAGCGACCUCCACCCCAUGGCCUGUUCACAUGUGCUGCACAAGGAGUGCAUCAAGUUUUGGGCUCAGACAAAUGCAAAUGAUGCCUGUCCCUUCUGCCCCACCCUGAAAUGACCCCGGCUCAAGAGGGCAGCCCUGCUCCUCGCCACGCAGAUGGAGGAGGAUUCUGACAUGACUUGAGGCACCCCAGCAUUUCUACAGCUCUGUAUUUAUAUGGCAAUGUAUACACAUGUACAUUUUUAUUCUAUAGGGAAUGUGUGUAUAGAAAGUCCACAUGCAUACCAGUUCAUAAUAAAAUGUGUAUAUUAUGCAGAA